AAAACAGUUUUCAGCACGAUUUUCCCCCCACUUCACUGCUGGAGUCACAGUUUCUUUCGUAUCCGUGCAGUUAGGAAUAACGGGAGAGCUGCGGCGCCCAGUGCCAAAUUGCAGGCAACCGGCGACAUGGGUCUGAUUAAAUUUAUAAGUGCGAUCAUUACUAGAGCGCUUUUUAUCCUGAUUGCUCUCAUCGGUGUGUGGAGAGUGACGCGGGUGAAGGAACAUAACUUUUACUGGUUGCUAACUUUUCUCUUUUUUCCGCUUGUCCUGGAAAUGAUAAUAACCCUGAGGAGGAGGAAAGGAAAGGAUUACAAAUGGUUUUCCCCACCCAUCUUUCUGUUUCUCAUUAGCAUCAUUCCCUCCAUGUGGCUCCUGGAGCUCCACCACCAGCAGAAUAAGGACAGCGAACCUAAGUGUCAAAAGCUUGAUUCUUUGGAUCUGUACAACCUCAUUCAAAACAAGACCUCCAGAAACCUCACGAUCACGGAUUCCCUGAAGGAUAUUGACGAUUUGUUCUCUGCUGUCUGUGCGAAUGACUGGAUCCUAGCUCUCCAUCAGAUCCUGCUCAUCCUGCUCAUUGUGGGGAAGUGGCUCCUGCCCUUGGGAGGCGGGGUCACAAGAGAUGAGUUGUCUCAACUUCUUCUGAUCUUUGUUGGCACAGCAGCGGACAUCCUGGAAUUUACUAGUGAGACACUAUCAGAUAUCAAAGAUAACAAUGAUGUGCUGGUCUAUGUCAUCUUAGGUGUAUGGACCUGGAGUAUGUUGCAAUUUCCACUCCAUCUAGCAGUGGUGAACUCCACACCUGGCAGAGAGGCUGAUCAGGGUGCACAGGAUUCCCUCUUGACUAAACACAGCACUGACAUAUGGAACAUCAUUCAGGCGCUGUUUAUCCAGGACGGCCCUUUUCUGUGUGUCAGGCUCACUGUGAUGGCCUACUUCAAAGUCUUCCACCAGAUGCUUGUCUUUUUUGCCAUCAAGAACUUUCUAGUGGUUGCACUGAACUUGUACAGGUUUGUUGUUAUAUGCCAGGACUUCAGAACCUCCAGUGACGAUAAUGCCGAGGGCACCGUCGUCCCAUGACUUUGAUGAAUAAACAACAAGUGUAAACGGGAGUCUGGGAGGAUUUUAUACCAAACUUUUUAAAGAUUUUUAAGUUGAAAAGAAAACUACACCUGGAGCAGGAAAAUAAAGAAUUGAAUGUUCUCUGCUUUCUUCCCACACUUCUACUGUGUGAAAUACAGAAUUCAGAAAACUCGGACAUGCUGAGCAGCUAAGUUCAGAGUCCACAUGUGACUUAACUGCUUAGCAUCCAGUUCAGCCUAUGAAAAUCUCUAACAACUCAUUCAUGUAGUACUUAUAUCCGGUUAUGAAUACAUGAUCUAAAUGUUAGUUUCAACUAUGCACCGUAUAAACAGGUGUGUUUGUUUGUUUGAAUGAAUGACUUACGUGACCAACAGCAUACCAGGGACACAGCAAAACGAGGAAACAGAGCAGAACAGGAAAAAGGUGUGGAGAUCACAAUAAUAAAUAUCCCCACAUAAGCAAAUAGUGAAAAUUUACAACACUAAGCCUGUCGACACUCCACAAUGCCUUAAGGUAGCUCUAGUGGCUCUGCUUGUCAGUGGAGCAUAAAAUAACUGAAGUUCCAGACUUUUAGGUAAGAUUUUUGUGCCUAAUGGCUGAGAGGACAUGAGGUCACCAAGAACAGGAAGAGAAAAAAAGAUGAGAUGGCUCAGAGGCUAGGAGGUGUUAACAAAAAGCUGGACAGCAUUUUUCCUGUCUUAACGCAGACAGGAAGUUCCAGCUGAUUAAAAUAAUCUCUUAUGCAGCAGCUGACUGUUAAAGAAAACAACUUUAGUAGCGUGCAUAAUUAUUCCACACCUUGAUUGGUGGUUAAUUGUACCUCUUGGAUGGUGAUGCUUAAAAAGUCAUUCAGCCCCCCCUCCCCCAAAAAACCUUCUUUUUUAACAAGUAUGAGAAAUGUAAAAUAAUCCCUGAAGUGGGUGAAUUAUCUUAUCGUUCGUGCAAUAUUGUUAAAGAGACCAAACACACCGUUAAACUUUACUCAGGUAAUGAGCUCUGUUUGCGUUGUAUUUAAGACCUUUAAACUUCACCUCAGGCUUUAAGAUGCCAGCAAGUUUUGUUUUCAAAUUAUUUGUAUUGGUUUGGUGAUGCUACUUUGACUGCAUUAUUUUCCCAAAUUACUGCAAAAAAAUUGCAUCUUAUCCUGUCAAGGUCUUAUUUUUUCUGUAAUUCUGUUGUUUUUUAAUAAACAUCAUUAAAUGAUGUA